CUGCAGAACUCCAAGUCAGAGCUGCUCAAAGAGCCGGCAGUGAAUUGCUGAGAGUUUUAUUUCACUAGCAUUGUAGCAAUGUGACUUGGCCUUGCUGGGAGCCAUGGGCGCCAGGGCAGAGUGAGGGGGCAGGGCCAAAGUUAGCGGGAAGGGCCCCGGGCACUGCUAGGAGGCUAGGGCCCCAAUCCGAGGGGGAAUAGACCUAUAGCGGAACAGUAUUGCCGCUCAGAGCCGCUCUGCCCAGAUAAGCUCCGUGCCCGGCUCUUGUAUCCAGCAGCUGGGGGCGUUCCUGUCUGCGGACAACAAAGCCUCUUCCCUUCUUCUUUAAGGCCGUGAAAUUAAAGGGAUGGCGAGGCGGCUGGAAUGAGGCUGUGUGUAUGGGGGAUGGGCACAGGCUAAGAUGGCUGAGCUGGGGCUAGUGAGCCUUUCUUCAGUUGGCUGAAAGUUUGCAAGAGCUGCCCGGCCCGGAGCGAACACCCCAGCGCCGCGGGUUCCUGCUGCUUGGGAAGGACUUCAUGCAUUAAAAGGAGGCAGUAAUAUGUUUUUCUAAGUGCAGUGGGACAAAGAACCCCCUACAUGACAUAUAUUACAAUGUUUAAUACUACAGAAAUUGAUGAUGAAAAAGAUGGCCCUGAGACAUGCCCCAAGAACACUAUGGAAUCCCCAAAGCCUUUAUCUUAUAGUUCUACUAGUCCUUUGGCAAUGAGUACCUCUGUGCAGAGUCUUCAUGAUGGCAUGGCCAUGAAGAUGGGAAACUUGCAAAAAUUUGAUGUGCCUGAUAUCCCAGCACUAAAAGCUAAAGAGGAGCCUGGAGAAUUAAAAUAUUAUCAUGAAUCGCCUGACUCUAGAAAUGAACUUAAGUGUGGUCUCUGUUUUGAGACAUUUCAGUAUGUGUCAGAGUUUAUGUUUCAUGAUCAAAUUCAUAAAGCCACUAAUCGCUUUGAAUGCCAACUCUGUGGACGGCAAUUUCAAAGCACAUCCAACUUAAAGGACCAUUACAAUGUACACACAGGUGAACGUCCCUACAAGUGUGAAUUGUGUGCCAAAGCUUUUACUCAGUCUUCCUCUUUAUUAACUCAUAAGCGCACUCACACCAUGGAAAACCCCUACAAGUGUGAGGUGUGUGGGAGACUCUUUAGAGAUGCCUCCAAUUUUGUAAAACAUCGGCGUCUUCACAGCCAAGCACAGCAGUUGGGCAGGCAAGCCCACUCAGCAAGCCAAAUCAUUUCAGAAAAACCAUAUCAAUGUUCUUAUUGUGAGAAAUCCUUUAAACGCACUUCUGAUUUAAAAGACCACGAGCGUGUCCACACUGGGGAAAGGCCAUAUCGCUGCAGGAUAUGCCAGAAAUGUUUCACUCAGUCUUCUGUGUUAACUGGGCACAUGCGUAUUCAUACAGGAGAGAGGCCAUUUCACUGUGAUAUCUGUGGCAAGACCUUUAACAAUUCUUCCAACUUUAAAAAACACCAGCGUACACAUUCUGUGCAAGAUAUGUUGGCAAAUGUCUCCAGAGAUGCUAGAUUCUCCCAUUAUAAGCAACCUUUGAGGAGCAAGAAUGGCAUUGGAUUUUCCAGGGGUAUAAAUGCUAUAUCUUAUGGUAAAGAUAUAAGUGUAAACCAAACCAGAACAUUUCCAAAGAUGAACCUGAAUGAAGAAGACUGCGAACUUGUUUUAGAAAAAAAUACCUCUCAGGGAAAUGGUGACGUGAUCCACGAUGUAGAUGAUCUAUCCUCUCCAUGUGCUGGAGUAACAAAUCUUACGAAACACACAGAUGAAAACAUUUCUGAAGCUAAAGAAACUGGGGCAACGGUUAUUUUUCACAGUGACGAGGUAAUAGCAAUUGAUGAUACUGAUGAUAAAGAGGACUUAGGUGCUGAAUUUGAAACCAAAGAGCUUAGCCCUAAAGAUAAGUUUGAGAAACAAAUCUUGCCAAAACUGGCAAGGUCAACAGGGCCUAGAUACAAAAUCACCACCCCAUAUUGGGAUAACUAUAUAAAACACAGUUUUAACCAUAAAAUGGAAUUAAAUCCAUAUAUUACUGGAGAAGAUCUUGUCAAAACGUGUCUCCAGUCUCAGGAUGAGGGUCUCAAGGAAGCUAGAAAUGAAGAUGGGUCAACAUAUGACCUAUCUAAGGACCUGGAAGUAUGUCGACCUGAGAAGCUGAGCUCAGGGAUGGACAAAGAACAGCAUGAAAGUGAAGUAAUUAGCGAUGGCAGUAGUUCAUCAGACAUAGGGGAAUCUGAAAACCUGUUGCUCGAAAGGACCAUGGGAUGUUGGAAUCAAAGUAUAGACGACACAAUUGACUAUCAGGAUGAUGAUGACGAUCUUCUGUUUCUUGAGAUGGAAUCCAAACCGUAUAUCUGCUUUGUGUGUUCAAAGCGUUUUAAAAGGGCAACAGACUUAAAGGAACACUUGCGUGUCCAUACAGGUGAAAGGCCAUUUGUUUGCCAGGUUUGUGGCAAAGGUUUCACACAGUCCUCUGCCCUUUCCAGUCAUCAGCGAAUCCAUACUGGUGAGAAGCCUUUCCAGUGUGAAAUUUGUUAUAAGAGAUUCAACAACUCUUCCAACUUCUCUAAACACAAGCGAGUUCACACAGGAGAGCGCCCGCAUAAUUGCCCUAUAUGUGGCAAAAGUUUUCAGGAAAAGCGGAGGGUAAAGAGGCACUUGAGAGCUGUUCACCAGAUUCAGGAGUAAAGGGGUUUCCUUGUUGUUUACACCUGUCUGGAUCAACAGAGGAAUGUCUCUCAGUUUUUUUUAUAUUUUUUUUUUGGGAAUCGUUAGUUUUUAAAGAAUGUUCUGUUACAAUAAUAGAACUCUAAGACAAGGCAUCUGUCAAACAACUUCAUAUUUAUAUGGUUCAGACGGCUGCAAAUAUGCAUCUGUAAAUUUCAAGGUCAGAUCUGAUUUAACAUAUUUAACCUGACAAUUUUGCUAAAAAGCAGGAAAAUGGGAACAAGGAACUGCCCCACAAUGUUUGAUGUGUGUAUGAUCCUAUUAGUAAUAAGCUAAAUUGGUCUUUAUAUUGGCAGUCUAAUCCCAGGCUCCCCAAAAAACACUGGUCACGUACCGCUUUAAACCUACAGUAUUACAAGCAAAUAUCAAAGGGCCUUAAACAUUUUAUAUUGCUUUUUUUCCAUGACCCCUUGUUUUGUUAUUACAGUUGCACAUUUGUUUUUGUAAAGCUGUCCAGCUGUUUCAGAUGUAUUUAUUUACCAUUUGAUCUUGUAUCAUUAGUUCGCUUCACAACUGUACAGACACUAUGAGACAAUGUCCUUUUGAUUUCAGACGUUGCUAAAUACCUACUACGGGGUUAGUAGGGAUGGGAAUUUAAGGGUUAUCCUAAAGUUCACAAGUAUCCAUAUUUAUUACUUUAUUUGCCACAGCAAUCAUCCUUCAUCUAACAUACUUCUGUAUUGCUUGCUCCUACUAGACCUGCACACAUUUUCUAAAUCGAAAAUAUCUUGACUGAAAUACACUGUAAAAUAGAAAUGACUGUCAUUAAACCAGUCAUUCCUCAUUUAAAGGGCCACUAUACAAUUGUUGCAGCAUUUUGCUUAGUACAGUAUCGUGCUAUACUAUGGCUGAUAUUUGCAUAUGGUAUAUGUCUGUACAUCUGCAUCCUUAGGAAGGUUUUUCUUGGUGGAGCUAUGCCUGUGAUAAACCAAUUGUGGUUGUUGUCAACUGGCCAAGCCUCCACAUGAUGGCAUGCCACGUUUGCUUUUUGAAAGUGGACUGAAAAUAAAGGUAAUAUGGCUGUGGCUAAACAGCCAGUAAACAAUGGAAGUUUACAGAAUUCUGGAACUGCCAGUAGAGGCAUAUACUUCUCCAUUGCAGUCAGACAACACACAGUAAUGGCUAAGAGGGUAUCCUCUUGGUAUAUCAGUUAGCCAAACCAGUCUGCAAUUAAAACAGGAGGUAAAGAGGCCCUUUGCAUUUAGUCUGUAUAAAUGAGAGCCACCUUCAAACCAUUGACUGUUAACAUUAGCUUACUGUGCUGCAUUCCUCUAAGUUCACAAACUGCUGAAUUUAUCAGUGGCAAAAAUCUGGAUUUCCUGUGGUAUAUACAGUCCUUGCCAUGUGGUCCUUAUACACACAGGUAUUAAUCUUCUUAAUUUGGAGGCACAAGGAGGCAGUGCUGAACAAUACUGUAUUCUGCUUGGUUUGCCUGUUGUAUGUUUGUGAUAUAUUAACCCUUUUCAUUUUUUUUUUUAACCUAAAAAAAAGUUUGAUCUGUAUUUUAGUAUGUGUCUUAUCACUCAGAAUUAUGAAGAAACUGUUUUUUUUUUUUUUUUUUUUAAUACCAACUGGCCUUGGUAGCCCCUUUUUGUUUUUUUUGGUCUUAGUAACAGCCCAUAAAAUACUACCUAUAUUAUGUGUUUUUUUGUUUUUUUUUACCUCUAAUCUUGCAUAUUGGCCUCCAACCUAACGGGAGUAAUCUUACAUGUAGUGGCCACAUAUGCAAAUAGAAGGUUAAAUACGAAGCAGAUUAGAAUCAAGAUCAACAAGUAUCAACACCAUCACUAACUUGAUCUUGUAUUUUUGUGGCUUUUGAAUUCUUUCUGUUCUGCUAUGCUAUAUCUGGUUUCUAGCGUCAAAGAAACUGGUCAACAGGAAGCAGAAUGCAACACGAGAAUCUGUACUAUUUGCUUAUAUUUCUAGUCAGCCACUCUCUAAUACAUCUUCCAGUCUGUCAUUGCCAGCUGCUGCCUAGUUCCUAAGGCUGGUAACCCCUAACAACCACAUGGUGGUUGAAAUCGCAAACCAGAGGGAUGUUAUGCAAAUGUUAAUGCAGAAAUACAAAAUGCAAAAACCAUACUGGACGCGUGACAUUUUGUCACAGCAACUUUUGCAACAGGGGUCUGAAAGAUCCUGUUCUUUUUACUGGUGUGUACGAGCAUUUAAUUAAAAGGGUAACUGACAAAUCAAUAAACAUUUGCCCAGAGUUUAAUGGAUAUUUAACAAAGCUGUUUCACCAAUACAUUUUAUUUUUUUCCCCUUACAGUUUUUUUUUUUAAGGUGUAGCAGGUCUGCGAAUUAAAUGUUCUUUUACUUUUUAUAUUUAGAUGUUUGCCAUUUCAAGUUGCUGGUUUUGAGCUGAAAUCCUUGAACCAAUAUAAAUGGCAGCAGAAAAAAGAUAAAUGUAAAGACAAUUUAAACGUCUAUUUUAGAAUAAAGAAAUUGACUGUGGAACUGUUUGAAUUAAAAUUCAUGUCUUGCCUAUAAUUGGAAGGAAUUUGCUAAAUAUUGGGAAAUGUUGAAAGGACAUAGAAUUCAUCUGAUGCCUUCAUUUUGGUCCCAAAGCUCAGCUGAUACCUGUGAAAUACACAAUUUGGGGCAGAUUUAUUCAAUUGAAAAAUGUUGCUGACUACUGUACCACUUUCAAAACUACCAUCAGUUAAUUCAAAUUUUUUUUAAACUAGCAAAUUCUCAACUACGUCAAUUACAGGAAGAAUUCAGUAGAAGUACUUGAUGCCCCCAUAGAUUUUAGCUUGUGAUUUGUUUUUUUAUAUUCAUCAUAGGCGGCAUAUUUCAAAACAAAAUGCCAAAAGAGUUGAUUUACAGAAGAAUAGAUUAUUUUUCUUUGGUAUUGAGCAUCUUUGCAUUGACAAAUCAGCCCCAUUGUGUGUUAAAGGGAUUCUGUCACAAGAAAACCUAUUGGUAAAUCUACUCCAGCAGGAUCCAGCAUUUAAAUCUGUUUUUUUAUAUUUUAUUUUGAAAUUUGACAUGUGGCUAGACAUGUUACUAUUUUUCCAGGUGCCACAGCCAUGUGUGAUAAACUUUAGUCACACUUUACUGCUGCGCUGCAAGUUGGAGUGAUAUCACCCCUUCCUUCCCCCCCCCAGCAACCGAUCAGCGGAACAAUGGGAAGGUAAUAAGAUAGCAGCUUUGUGACACUUCCAUUUUUAACAAUGCUCCCAUACCCCACCUAGUGGUAAAUAUGAGAAAAUCUCUCAAUAGAGUCUGGCCCAUGACUUCCCCAGUUUCAUUGAGUAAGGAGAAACAGGUUAUCUUAAAGCAGUUCUAUUGUGUAGUGCUGGCUCCUUCUGAAACCUCAGAAUUAGGCACUGAGAUGGCAUCUACACACCAAUAAAUGUAUACAAAAACAUAUGUUGGUUCAAGAAUAACAUUUAAAAGAGAAAGUGAAUUAUUUGCAGUAUACAUAAAGAAAUAAAACCGAUGCCAUAAAAAUCAUCAUAAAAUCCCUUUAAAGCAUUUUGAAGUAAAGAAUGAUCCUGAAUAUUUAGCUAAACUGAACCAUUUACUGCAGCAUACUUUCAUAUAGACCAAACCCUAUAAGGCAAGGGAGAUUGAGUAGGAGGUAUGAGAUCCAUUACCCAUAAACACAUUAGGGUUAAACUACAGAGGAGAUUUUAUAGAAUGGUUUUGGAUCAGUAAAUUGCAUCCUAGUUGGAUGUAAUUGAUGGAAAAUAAUCUGAUUGGCAUAAAAAAAAUCUGAUGUGUAAACUACUUGGUAGCUUUGCCAUCCAACAAGACAUGCCUGUCUGAAGGGAAUGUUACAUGCUGCAUCUGACAGGAUCAAAUCUGAUGGUAAACUCUGACCCACAAAAUCUGAUCAAAAUCUCUGUGUAGAUUAGCCCUUAGUUAGAAACUCCAUCAUAUUUUGGUGUAAUUUUACAGUCAUGUUUUUAAAUCUUUAUUAUUGACCUGGUUUGCUUUUUCACUGUAAUAUGAAGGCCCCCGUGUUCAUGUUAAGUAAGUUAACAAAACACCAUUGAGGUCUCUAUAAGGUUUAAAUUUCCUUUUUUAGACAGUAUAGCCCACUUUUUCAUCAUUGGCUUAAUGAAUAGGGCUUGUGUUGAGCUUAAGUUUUUCCUAUUGUUUUAAGUCAAACCAGUAGUCCACUGAAAAGUCUCUGUAUAAUGAAAUGCUCUUUAUCUAAGGGUGAAGACACACAGAGCUACUGGUAGCGGCUACUAAAAUAGACAAUGCUGAUCCUUUACUGAUAACUGUCUCUGUGUGUUUUAGCAGAGGCAAUUCUCAGUAUUGUCUGUGGAAGGGUAUUUUUUGGAGUUUAGUAGCCAUGAAAAAGUAGCUGCUACUAGUAGCUCUGUGUGUCUUCACCCUAAAAAGAUAGGCUGUAGCUGGGGAGGACUGAAGCAGAAUAAUAGGAGAAGGCGGGCAACAGUUAUCCAUGUGUUCACAUUAUAAUGUUUUGUUUUUUUCACUGCUGCAUUAUAUAGUGUUCUUUAUUUGCCUGCUUAUUCACUUUUUAAUGUCUGUCUUUUAAUAGGAUCACUUUUUUGCAAUUUGUGAAAGAAAUUCAUUGAAACCCCAAAUGGUUGUGAUUUUUUUUUUCCCCUCAAGCUCAAAAAUUGGCCUCGAUUCUUGCCAACACUCUGUUAAAAAAAAAAAAAUCUUAUGCUUUUUGUACUGAUUAUUAAAGGGACACUAUAUUAACAGAAAUGAAAGUCACUACGAACUUCUUGGCUUAUUUCUUAUGGUGUUUUGUAACUAGCAAAACCUUUAUUGACAUGGCAGGAAUUGUUGAGCAUUCUUCAGUGGGACCGCCAUCGCACGUGCGGGUUUGUGACGUAUGUGCGGGUUUGUGACAGUCCCACAAUUGUUUGGUGAUCACACUAAUACUUUGGGCACAACUCGCUGUAAAGGAAAGUGAAUAAUAAAUAUUAUUGCAUGGUCACUGUGAAUUUUCACACAAGAUAAGUAGCCACGCACAUUAUAAAUGUAAAGGGGAUCUUACCCCAUUUAUACAAACCUCAUAAAUAAAUGGGCUCCCCAUUGCAUGUAUUGUGUGUGCAGCUCCUCAUCUUUUGUGUAUCCAGUGAGUACAUUUGUUUCUUGCAUCCAAGAUGAGUUGGCGCCACUUCAGUAUAUGGCUAAUCUGGGAGGUGCAGCUGAGAAACAACUUAAUUUCCCCACAACUAAAAGUGGAGAAAAUCCCUGUAAUAAGUACUAGGAAGGGGAAAAAAUCCAACAAAAUACAAAGUUAAAAUUUCAAAAUGUAAAUUUCAAUUAGGAGCAAAUGAAGUGUUUGGGCUUUGAAAAGGGAUAAAAGUAGGCAAAGCUACAUUAUACUUAGCAUGUGAGUGUUUUAAUACUGGUAGCUAUCUGCACUAAAUACUUUGUUUACUAAUGUAUACCAUUUUUGUACUAUGGUGAUGAUUCAUAUUUUUAGAUAAAUAAAGAUACUAGUAAGGAAAAAAAAA